GCAGAGCUCUGGCGAUGGAGCUGUCUGUAGUGGCACGUAGUCGCUAUGCGCUACUUGUGUACGUACAGUCUACAUAACCUCUAACACUGUAGCCAGCAUUGCCUCGACCCGUUUGUGUUUUAGCCUGUGUCUUUUCCUCUCCUGACCUCUACCUUAACUACCCACCUUGUCGCCGGCAAGAUACGCGCCUCCCGAAGAAGCUCCACAAUCCUCCAGACCCCAACACCAAGCUCCUCCACACGGCCGAGCACAUCCUCGCAUCGCAUCCCGCACUGAAACGCGUCCCAUACCUAGUUCCCCGCAGCCUCCGCCACUAUUGUCACGAGCUUCGGUCUUGCGCCCUCCAGGCAGCAGAGUAGGGCUGUGCAGCUGUCUCGAUGCCUUCUACGCACCACCCCUUCGCCUCGCCCAACGCCAUACCACCCCGCACCAGCUCGAGCGGCAUACUGAAUCUCAACGGGAAUAGCGUCAAACACCAGAGCAGCGUGCUCCGACCGCUGAGCGAGAUCGAUUGGCUGGGCCAGAGCAAGAAGAGCAAGACGAGCCAUUCUGCGGAACCGCUGAAUGCGCAUAUUCAACCACACCACACGCCGCAGAACAGCCUCGACCGAACGCAAUCCAUGACUGCGCAACCCCUGAGCAGUCCCCGGGCCAUGGACACGCAAACGAACACUGCUCCAUCCCCUGGAGCCCGGGCGAAUCUCGACGUCUCGACGUCCUACCCGACGCCCCUCUCCCCGCCCUCGGACCCCACAAAAGGCGUAGGCGAAGAUCUUAUCUAUGGGAAUGGCGUGGCGUGGACACAAGAGAAGGAGCGGAUAUUACUGGGGCCCUACGAUUAUCUGUGGGGACACCCGGGGAAAGAUAUACGCAGUCAGUGUAUUGCCGCGUUUAAUCUGUGGUUAAAGGUACCACCGGGACGGUUAGACGUUAUUACAGGCGUGGUGGGGAUGCUGCAUACGGCGAGUUUGCUUGUCGACGACGUAGAAGACUCGUCCCUACUCCGGCGCGGCAUCCCAGUCGCACACUCCAUCUUCGGCACUCCACAAACGAUAAACUCUGCGAAUUACGUAUACUUUAAAGCGCUGCAAGACCUCCUACGCAUGAACAAUCCUACGUUGAUCACCAUCUUUACCGAGGAGCUGCUCAACUUGCAUCGCGGGCAGGGCAUGGAUUUAUAUUGGCGGGAUAGCCUGACGUGUCCCAGUGAGGCGGAUUAUCUAGAAAUGGUGGGAAACAAGACGGGCGGCUUAUUCAGGCUGGCAAUCAAACUCAUGCAGGCUGAGAGCGCAGUAGAUGUAGACUGCACCCCGCUCGUCUCCACAAUAGGCCUCCUCUUCCAGAUCCUCGACGACCACCUCAACCUCUCCCCGACCUCGGAACUCCAAACCCUCAAAGGCCUCUGCGAAGACCUGACAGAGGGCAAAUUCAGCUUCCCCGUCAUCCACGCCAUCCGCGCCGACCCCUCGAAUCAAAUCCUCAUCAACAUCCUCAAGCAGAAGACCACCGAUGAAGAAGUGAAAAAGUAUGCCCUGAGGUACAUGGAGAGCAAGGGCAGCUUCGAGUAUAGUGCGCGCGUUAUUGAGGAGCUGAGGGGCAAGACGGGCGAGCAUAUUCAGAGUGUUGCGCUGGGGUUGGGGGACGAUGGGCGCGAGGGGGCUGAGGCGUUGAGGGCUAUGCUUGGGAGGUUGGUGUUGAGGUGACAGGAGGAGGGUGAAUGAAUGAAUGGAUGGAUGAAUUUUCAACAAAUUUUAGAGGAUUGAUUUGCUGGGCUUCGCAUAGCGUGGGUUUUCUGCUAGGUGUAUCGGUGCAUGCCUCUUCUCAGGGGCCCGUUAUGGAUUGUUUACAUGUCAUGUGCAGGAUGGCUGACGAUUUAUGAUCUGAUUGAUUUGAUUGAUUGUACACUUCUUUACCUCUCUUCCUCGAGGAAAUGAGCCUACGCUCAAGUCAAGCCAGAAGCUCAAAGCUGGGUUAUCCAAAUUCAUGUAUUUAUGUCCCUUCGCUUUCUGCGGACAAUACAACGCCGAAUGCUAUAGAAAAAGGACGCGGACAAGUCGAAGAAAGAAGAUUAUUGUAUAUACCUCGCAAGCUAGUCCAUGUAGUUGCGAAGUGCACCAAAAAAGGGAAAUGG